GGCGCCUCCCGCUGCUCUAGCCGCCGCCUUGGCAACCACCUUUCGCCUUCCCGGCGGGUUGCUUUCCAUGCCGCUCGCCCUCUGUUCUAUAGCCGUCUAGCUUCUUUUUCAACCAUGUGGGGCUAACUAAAGAGAGGAGUGGGGGGGGGAACUUCCCUGCCGCUUCUGCAGCAAUAAACAAACAUGGAGGAGGAGGAGACGGCCGGCAGCAAGCAGGAGCAGCAGAGCCGCCUGUGCAACGGUGUGGAGAGCCCUGCCGAGGCUGCCAUGGACGGCUACUUGCAAUCUCAGGGAUUGUACCGCAAGCGGGUGGCGAAGGACGGCUCGUGCCUCUUCCGAGCGGUGGCCGAACAGGUUUUCCACUCGCAGUCUCAGCAUCUUGAUGUUAGGAUGGCCUGUAUAAACUAUCUGUGGAAAAACAGAGAGAAAUUUGAAGCGUUUAUAGAGGGGUCAUUUGAGGAAUAUCUGAAGCGUCUGGAAAAUCCACAGGAAUGGGUUGGACAAGUUGAAAUAAGUGCUCUUUCUCUUAUGUUCAAAAAAGAUUUUAUAAUAUAUCGGGAACCAAACUUCACUCCUUCUUAUAUAACUGAAAAUGGCUUUCCCGACAAGAUAUUGCUGUGUUUUUCAAAUGGCAAUCACUAUGAUAUUGUCUACCCUAUAGACUACACAAUCAAGGCUGCUCUUUGUCAGUCUAUUCUGUAUGAAUUGCUAUAUGAAAAAGUAUUUGACAUUGAUGUGAAUAAAGUCUUAAAAGAAUUGAGCCAUGAUGAUUUGAUUAAGAAUGGCAGAGGAAACAACGAAGAAUCUGAUUCAGAGGAUGAAGACCUAGAAAGUGAAGAGGCCGUAUCAAGUUAUACAAACAACAAUAAGCUUCAUAAACCUAGGAAAUCAUACAAUGUUUUGAGCUUGCCUGGAAAAGUUCUUCGUUCCCUUAAUCCAUUAGUUUAUCAAAAUGUUGAAUAUGAAGUCUGGCGGCAAUCAAAAAUAGAUCAGCAAAAACAAGAUUUUUCUAUUGCUGCUGGCAUGCAGUAUUCAGUUGGAGAUAAAUGUAAAGUAUAUUUAGAGGAUAGUGGAAGAUAUUACAAUGCUCACAUUCAAGACGUCCAGUCUGCAGAUGGACCAGUUAUUGUUUUUGUGGAAGAACUUGGUAUUAAGCAUUCAGUACUGCUAAGAAACAUUAAACCUCUUCCACAGGCAACUCCUUUGGAAAUCUGGAGCACAGUACCAGGAAAGAAAAGUAAAAAACACACUUUGGUGCAUGGGCAAAAUGUUCAGACUGAUACAGAUUGCAGAGGCUCCAAAAAUCCAAACAGGCUAAUAAAAACCACAUCAAUUUUGCCUCCUCAAAUGCAAAUUACAAGACAGCAUCAGUUGCCCAGUUUGGGGGUGUCUUCUCAACAAUCUUCUGCUCAUCACAAAACUCAAGGCAGAAACCCUCUGCAAGCUGUAAGAAAAACAGAUUGUGAGACAGUGCAAGAAUUGGACCAUCGAAACAAGAAUUGUAAUGUUGGUCUUUCUCCAGAAGAACAUAAAGAGAAACAAGCUAUAGAUGAAGUUAAUUCACUUUAUGAAAUCCAGUUCCAGGAUGAAGAAGCUUUCCCUGCACUUUUGAAUACACCUGUGUCUCAAGUAGCUACACAGACUAAUGAGACUUCUGCAUGGCAAACAUCACAAGUUCCUAAUGGGAGAAGAAUUGGCAACUUGAAGGAAGAACAGGUGACAAAAAAUAAAGAUGCAAAGGAUGAAAAAGUGUCUAAUCUUGAGCAGAUUCUUGCAGAUCAGAAGCUGGAUCCCAGAAUGUCUAAGGACACUAAGGAGGAUAUAGCUGUUGCAGGUAUAUCAUCUCCCUCAAGCAAUGGAAAUAUUCAUUCACAGCCAGUUGAGCAGGAACCUUUAUCAGGUAUAAAUGCUACCCUGUCUUCAACUGUUCCUGAAAUACAUUUGCCUCCCACUGUGCCUUCUGCACCAGAUGUUGUGCCAGCUUGGUCAAGUGAAUCAACAGACUACGGAUUAACAGGUGUUCCAUCCCAAAUUCCUGUGUCAUCUGUGAUACCAAAACCAACCCCGGGAUUAGAUUCAACUCUGAGUCAGGCAGCCUCCAGUCCAGUUGCUGCCAUUCCACUAACACUCCAAACAGUUAAUCAGCCUUUAAUACCUAUGCCUCAAACACUGAAUCUUUAUCAGGAUCCCUUGUACCCUGGAUUCCCGAUUAAUGAAAAGGGGGAACGAGUUAUUACUCCUUCAUAUUCUUUGUGUGGUACAGGAGAAGAUCUACCAAAUGAUAAAAAUAUCCUCAGAUUUUUCUUCAAUCUUGGUGUAAAGGCAUACAGUUGUCCCAUGUGGGCGCCGCACUCCUAUUUGUACCCUCUACACCAAGCUUACCUGAAUGCCUGUAGAAUGUACCCAAAGGUGCCAGUUGCAAUGUAUUCUCAUCAUCCUUGGAUGCAGGAGAUACCUUUGACUCAGAAUGAAAAUGAACAAAUAGAUGGACCAUUCCAUGUACCAAAUGACGUCAGAAUGGAUGGCCAAAGUCUGCAGACUGAUACUAUGUCUUCACCCAUGCCUCUGUUUAUACAUGCUACCCAAGUGCCUGAAAAUCAAGGACUUGUCUGCAUAGAGUCUGAGAAUCCAGCACAAGCAUUACAUGCUGGUUAUGAGGAGUCCCUAGGAGGCAAAAAUAUAUUUCCACAAACUCCAUUUGGGCAGAAUCCAUUUUUAGGUUCUGUACCACUUACAUCAGUUUUCCCUCAAUUUUGGUAUGGAUAUCCUGUUCCAGGUUAUAUUGAAAAUUCUGGAAUGAGUCAAGUUGUGCCACAGGAGGCCAAGAGAGAUGAUAUGGCCUUACCUGUGGAGGAAACUUCUUCAGUUUCAGCUGCUGAAUGUGCCGAGCCACUUCAGAAAAACAAGGUUGAAAGAAAUCUCCAAAGCAUACCUCUCCCUAAAACUGCCAUCAAGAAUGAAUGUAAUAUCCUAAAUAAAACCUCAGCCCAAGUGCCUAAGGAUCAGCAGACCAGUCCUGCUAUCCCACCUGCUACCCAAACAAAAUCUCUACUCCAAAACCUCUCUCCCACGGAAAAGCAGGACAUCAAGAGACAAAAAUCAACUUCAAAAACUGAAUUUAAAAAUGUUCUUGGCCAUAAAGAAAAGAGUAACAAGACUAAUGCAUUUAUAUCAGCAAGUGGGGAGGAAAGUAGAGUACCACGGAUAAGGGAAGAGAGCUCUGAAGAUGAGCAUGAAGUAUCUGAUAUGCUUAGAAGUGGCAGAUCAAAACAAUUUUAUAAUCAAACUUAUGGUGGUGGUAGAAGACCUAGAAGUGAAAGGAGCUAUCUACCUGGGAGAGGAGGCUAUCAGCAUCCAAAAAAUGAGGAACCAUGGAAAGAGUCACCUACUGGAAAUAGAGGGGAAGGCUCGCAUUAUCACCGCAAUUUCAGAGGGAGGCCAUAUCGGAAUGAGAGGAGAAGGUCAAACAUACGAGAUAGUCACCGAGGGCUACAGUUGUCUUAGCUAUCAAAAUCCAGACAUUCAGCAUGCAUAUAAAUGCUGAGAUAUAUGCUUAAGGCUUUUCUUAAAGAUCAAAAUCUUCUUUUUGUUUUGUCAAAGAUGUUGGGGCCUUUCAGAAAUUUAAGUGGUUAGAUAUUAUAACAUGAUAAUUGAUAAAAACUAAUUUUGCUUUAUUUAAUUUCUUAAGACUAAAUAUGAGUGUUUUAAACAUAAAAAGUGUGUUUUUGUUUAAGUUUUAUUUUCCCCAUAAAGAUUUAAGUUUGUGAUAGAGAAGAAAAGAAAGAAGCUAUAGUGAAAAGAUACUGUGGUUAUUUCAUACCUGAUAAUGAACGAUGCACCAAAUAGUGUAUGAUAUGUUGAGUCUAAGGAUUCUCAAAUCACUAGACUUAUUUUUGAUAUAUUUCCAAUCCAAGGCUUUUCAUCUCAAAAAAAUUGUAAAAGUUGAA